CCUGCCAGUCCCACUAUGGUACAGAACAAGCCUGCAGGGAGCUGCCCAAAGACAACUGAUGUGGCCCCUGGGGGUCCCAGCUGGUGCAAGACCUCCAAUGGGCAUAUAAAGCGCCCAAUGAAUGCCUUUAUGGUGUGGUCUCAGAUAGAGAGGAGGAAGUUGAUGUCUCUGUGCCCCAACAUGCACAAUGCCGACAUCUCUCGCAGCCUGGGCCAGCGCUGGAAGUUGCUCCUGGACACAGACAAGAUUCCUUACGUCCGGGAGGCGGAGCGUUUGCGCCUUAAACACAUGGCCGACUACCCCAACUACAAGUAUCGACCACGGCGACGCAGGAGAAAUCCAGAGAGCAGAACUCGGGCCAGGCUACCCUGUUCCCCUGCCACGUGCCAGUCCGAUCCAUCGCCAUGCCAAUCGCAAAUGGAUACUGGGUCCAGCAUGCAAUGGGGAGAGACCUGUUCUGGGUGGGGGGGUGACCAAGUUGCCCAAUCAGAGGAGACGCAGAUUCGGGAGUCGUCAGCACGCAGCCCAGAGGUGCCAACCCAUACCAAGUCUGUGCCAACCUCCCCAGAUUCAGCUGAGGAACAGGAAGGCGCGGAGGGCGGAUCCCUUGUAAUUCCAUUGGACAAGGAGGUACUGGGCCACAGCGGGUCACAUUUUGAGUUCCCGGAUCACUGCACUCCGGAGGUGAUGGAGAUGAUCUCGGGAAGUGGCCUCCUAGAGAGUGUCCCCGACCUGGUCUUUUCCUACUGAGGGGCCUUGGGAGUGUCUCUUAGAGUGUCCUCACUGCUGUCCUGUACUACUGGAGGUCUGUCUCUCAGACACAGCACUACUGGUAAAGGUAUUCACCUUGCUGUCUAUUGGGGGAUAUUCCUUCUGUCUCUUACUGGGCUCUGUAUCUGGAAGCAGUCUCUGCUUCACACUCUCUUGCAGGACUCUUACUAUGCUCUCUCCAUGUACUUUCAUCCAGAAGGGGUUCCUUCUCUUAUAGGACUUUUAAUGCUGUCUCUCAAGGAUAUCAAAUCUGUCUCUUUUGGAGGACUCUCAAUGCUCUCUCUCAUGUAGCAAAGAUUUAUGCUGUUAAAUUACUCAUUUACACAGGUUCCUGCUGUCUCUUUCAGAGGAGUCACAACGCUAUCUCUCAAGGAUCUUAUGUCUGUCCUGCAGUUUCUAAAGGAAUCUCGAAACAGUGCCUGUGAGUCCCUGCUGUAUGUUUUAGAGGAUUCUCAGUGCUGUCUCUAAAGGUACUCUCUUGUUGCACAACUCCUGCUGUCUCUUACGAGGGACUCUUAUGCAGCAUGAAUUCUUGCUGUCAACUCCCAUCUGUCUCUCAAGGCAGACUUAUCUGUCAGACAUUCUUGUACUCUCAGGACACUCACUGCUGUCUCUCUGGUGGGUCCUCAAGCUCUUUUUCUUAGGACUUAUCAGAAUGCUGUUUCUCAGUGAUUCUCAUGGCUGUCUCUCUGAGAGAUCAUACUGCUGUGUCUCAAAUUACUCUCAUGGCUUUAUUUAUUUGUUUAUUUAUUUUUUUGAGGGAAUGCAGUCUCCAAUGUGUUCACAGUUUCAGUUCUCUCUCACAGAUCUCCGUGCUGUCUCUCCAGUGACUCCUACGAGUGUCUCUCUGAGACAUCUCACUUGCACUCUGCCUCUGUGAUUUGACAGCUUAAUUUUCUAUAAAAUAACAUUUAUGUUCA